GACUGUUAGACUCAGCUGAUCGGCCACACUUUCUGGACAAGAAGAAGCACCUGCAUUUUUCCCCACUUAAACCAGAAAAACAUUUAAUUUUCUUGGUUUUAUUACUGAAAAUCAAGUUGAUUUGUGUCCAGCCCGCUAAACAAUGUACCUCUCGCGCCAAUUGAGACUGCUGCCCAGGGCGAACAUCGCGUGCAGCUUGAGUUCCAGCGGAGCACAUUACACAACAGCGGCGCCGGCGGAAGAUGCCCCCAUUGAGAUUCCCAAUCGGAUCGAGCGUUCGCCCACCGAUCUGCUCCAGGCUCUGGCUAGCACGGUGGCCAGGGAUUACACCGCACCCCACUACAAGUACCACGAUGACCCGUUCCUGAUACCCAUGUCCAAUGCGGCGAAGCGUACUUAUGCCAUGUCAAAGGAAUCGGGACGCAAGGCUGCCAAGUGGAUCAAGGAGGAGCACCGCGAGCUGUUUAUGCACCAAGAGGCACAGCCGGCCAUCGAAAAAUUCGCCCCCAGCAUGGUCUAUACCGAGGAUUCAGUGGUGGACGAGACCUCCCUCGCCCAACUGAUUUCCCAGGGUGAACUCAAAGACGCUGUGCUAGUCUACAACCUUCUGGAACAAAAAGGAAAUCCAAUCAGUCCCGAACUUAAGCAGAGCCUGCUGGAACUGGUGUGCUUCCAUAACAACCAGGAGCCGAUACCGGAGGAAUACAUUGAGGAGCGCUGGUUCCUGCAGAACAAUAAACGAAGAGAGCGUAGUGGCAAGACCUGGAAGGAUGGCGAUCUUGCAGAGAAACUGUAUUCCGAAAUCGAACCAAAGACGCCCCAAUCAUAUGCCUCGCUUAUCCGCGGAAUGGCGAAGUACUUGCAGUGCGAGCGGGCAUACGCAUUGCUCCAGGAGGCUGGCGAGAAGCAGGUGCAACUGGACACCAACACCUUUAAUUCCGUUAUCGAAAUAGUGAGCUUCCUGAAGGACACAGCAGAGCAGCGUUGGCAGCUCUGCAAGGAUCUUCUGAAUGAAAUGUCGCAGCAGAAGCUAAGACCCAACUUGGGAACUUUGAACGCAGUGCUUCAGUGCAUUAGUACCUUUGGCAACUUUAAGGUGGCACGCGCGGCUGCCCUCCAAGCUCUGCCGGAAUUCAAACAAUUGGGUGUGAAUCCUAGCCUGGGUUCCUACUACUACCUGCUGAUCAUCUUCUGCCGAGAGAGAGGACCAGUAUCCCAUGUUAUUGUGGAUAUCCUCAACGAUAUUUCUGGCAAGGAGUUCCAGAUUCAGCAUCCCAAAGACACAUACUUCUUUGCCACCGCCAUGGAUGUGUGCCGCAAUCAUUUACACGACAAAUCGCUGGCGAAGAAGGUAGACGAACUGCUGCACACGGGCAAGAACUACGAUUUGGUUGGCGACUCAUUCAAGGAAUCAAUCUACUACCGCAAUUAUCUGGCACUGCUUUGUCAAACUGAGUCAACUGAGGACUUCAUGCUGAGCUACGACCUGCUGGUGCCCAACAUCUACAUACCCGAGCCCGGUAUUAUGGAGGAGAUCCUAAGAGCUAUUGAGAUCAACGGAGCCGUUGAGUAUGUGCCACGCCUUUGGUCUGACAUGGUUGUGUUCGAUCACACGCACCGAGAGAGCCUUCUACUCUACGUUCUUCGCAUUUUGGUAGAUAAUAAGCCGAAUCCAGAUUCCCCCGCCCAAGCACAGUUGCCGGAGCAGGGCGCCAAGGUGGCGCUGGAUAUGUUCGAAAGGGUUGAGGAGGCUAUCAAGCGUCUCCGAAAGGUCUCCUUCACCGGCCAAAUGCUGGGAGAUAUACUCACGCUUCUCGUUCGCGGUGGUAGCUACGAAAAGGCGACCGAAGUCUUCGCCCACAUUGACAAGAACCAGCACAGAAUUCCCGGAACACCAAGCCUAAAUGCUCUGAUAGAAUUUGUGGACGCAAGUGUGCAGGAGAAGUCACCCAGCCAGGCGCUGUUUGCCCUGCAAUAUGCCGUUGAGAACAACUUUGAUUCCAGGGAGUUAGCCAAACGUAUUCAUGAAGGAUUUACCCUAAAUGAAACACACCUGUCUAAGCUGAAAUCGCUCGUAGGCGAAAGUUUCCUCGAUAAGUAGUAGAGUCUUUUGUAAAUUAUAUAAUGAACGCUGUUAAAUAAAUAACCAUUUAAUAAAU